GUCGCGGGUGGUGGGGGCGGGGUAUGGCGCGCUGUGCGGCGCAGGGCGGCUGGCAUAAACGGCGGCGCCGGGGCCGGAGGAAAAAGCUAGCCACCCUGACGGGUCCCCUCCCAAGCCUCUAGGGACGGCAGAGGACUCGGGGACCAACUAGCUUCUCUAGGGCACCAGAAGAGCCCCUGCCACCUGCCUUGCCUCAUCCUGACCCACAUCAGGCCCAGCUGUCCCGGCCCCCAGCUGCAUCAGUGGAGGAAGAGGUGGAGGAGGGUGGCAUCAUGGGCCCGGGCCGUGCCCUCCAUGCCCGGGGGAUGAAGACGCUGCUGCCAUGGACAGCCCGUGCCAGCCCCUGAGUCAGGCUCUCCCUCAGUUGCCGGGGUCUUCCUCAGAGCCCCUAGAGCCUGGCCGGGCCAGGAUGGGAGUGGAGAGCUACCUGCCCUGUCCCCUGCUGCCCUCCUAUCACUGUCCAGGAGUGCCUGGUGAGGCUUCUGCAGGCAGUGGGACCCCCAGAGCCACCGCCACCUCCACCACUACCAGCCCUCUGAGGGAAGGCUUUGGCGGGCAAGAUGGUGGUGAGCUGCGGCCACUGCGGAGUGAGGGUGCUGCGGCACUGGUCACCAAAGGGUGCCAGCGACUGGCAGCUCAGGGUGCCCGGCCUGAGGCCCCAAAGCGGAAAUGGGCAGAGGAUGGUGGGGAUGCCCCCGCACCCAGCAAGCGGCCCUGGGCCAGGCAGGAUCACCAGGAGGCGGAGGAGGAGGGUGGCAGGGCCUGCGGCAGUGGCGGUGGCGGUGGUGAGGCGAGUGCAGGGCUGAGGGAGGAGGCGCUGCCCAGUGCACCUGAGCGCCUGGCCCUGGACUACAUCGUGCCCUGCAUGCGGUACUAUGGCAUCUGCGUCAAGGACAGCUUCCUGGGGGCGUCCCUGUGUAGCCGUGUGCUGGCUGAGGUGGAGGCCCUGAAGCGGGGCGGGCGCCUGUGUGACGGGCAGCUAGUGAGCCAGCGGGCUAUCCCUCCGCGAAGCAUCCGUGGAGACCAGAUUGCCUGGGUGGAAGGCCACGAGCCAGGCUGCCGGAGCAUCGGUGCCCUCAUGGCCCACGUGGAUGCUGUCAUCCGGCACUGCGCUGGGCGGCUGGGUGGCUACGUCAUCAAUGGGCGCACCAAGGCCAUGGUGGCGUGUUACCCAGGCAACGGGCUGGGGUACGUGAGGCACGUUGACAAUCCCCACGGCGACGGGCGUUGCAUCACAUGUAUCUAUUACCUGAAUCAGAACUGGGACGUCAAGGUGCAUGGUGGCCUGCUGCAGAUCUUCCCUGAGGGCCGGCCAGUGGUAGCCAACAUCGAGCCCCUCUUUGAUCGGCUGCUCAUUUUCUGGUCUGAUCGGCGGAAUCCUCACGAGGUGAAGCCAGCCUAUGCCACCAGGUACGCCAUCACCGUCUGGUAUUUUGAUGCCAAGGAGCGGGCAGCAGCCAAAGACAAAUACCAGCUAGCAUUAGGACAGAAAGGUGUCCAAGUGCCCGUGUCACAGCCAACUACGCCCACUUAAUGGCUAGCUCCAGAGCUGCAUGGAUGGACAGACUACCCUGACUUCAGGAGAGCCUGGGGCCCAUGCUGGGCUGGCAGCCCACCAGUCUUGGGUGCCCGCUCCUUCCCCGCCACCACUGCAGCUUCCGCAUUUGCCUCUGUCCUGCCUGGACUGGAGGGUUCUGUCCGUCGCUGAGGACCAAGGAGAAGGAGAGACCUUUGCAACCCCAUGAUGGGUAGCAGGGACUGGGGUUGUGACUUGGGCAGGGGCCAGCCUUGGGGCUACCAUUACUGGAGCUGGGGGUAGGCCUUUGUCUUGCGCUGUCUGGUUGAUCCCCCACCAGGUGUGGAGAGCUGGAAGGGGGCCAUUGCCACUUCCUGCCGAGAUGCCGGAUUUAGGGUGGGGUGAGUCAUGGCCUCUUGCUGGCAAAGGUUUGUGGAGGGUGUAUGCCCAAGCCCCUCACCCCUCCAGCGUGGAAUGUGAAGUGACUCCCCAACCCCUCUGGCCAUGGCACUUUUCCACUGGGCUGCUGGUGCUUGGCAGGGUAAGAGGUGCCUGCAGGAGCGGGAGUGGAAAUCAGCUGAGAAAUAAAUAAGUUUACCUCAGAGCUGCA